UCCUAGCUAUAUACUCUCCCUAGCAGCAAGCUCCUUCCAUGGCAGCAUGAAACACAGAUCGUCCUUGAGCUAGCUGCUGCUGCUAGAUAAUAACCUAACCUCUAGCUACCUCCCCGAUCGACAACUCACCAUCACAGAUUGUUCAUGCACGUCCUUGCAGCCCACCCAGGCCCUCCACUCGCGCUGCUUGGGGGUAGUCUCGACCAUCGGGAUAGCAACAGCAUCACAAGGGAGCUUGUAGUAGUCGCUGGACGGCGGGCCAUGGACGACGCGGUGUUGCAGAUAAUCGAAGAUGCCUUCGGGCUCGCCCGGGAGCUCAUGGCCGAUCUCCAGGCGACCCAGCAGAACGACCCGGCGUACCUCGCCGGGCGCUGCCAGCGCAUUGCCCAAGCCUACCUCGCGGCCAGCCGGAUGCUGGGACCGCACCCGCACGGCGCGGACGACUUGUCCCCGCGGGCACUGCCGCCGCCGCAUCAUCCCUUGGGCGAUGGCGGCAGUGGAAGCAGCCACGGCCACCUCCAGCAGCUGGAGCUCCUCCGCCCGUUCCUCGGUGGCGGCGGCGCGCCUUCUUCAGCGCCGUUCCAGCAGCACCUCGGGCGCCUGCUGGAGCCAUCGCCGUUCAACACUAGUACUACUUCCCCCGACAUGUUCGGCGCGGGCACGUCGGGCGGGCCGGUGAGGCGGCAGGCGUCGUCGUCGCGGUCGUCGCCGCCGGUCCAGCCGCGGCAGCACAGGAUGAGGAGGUACGUCACGCACCUGCGCUGCGCGUGCGUCGAUCGCCGCCUAGCUUGGGCGUACGUUAGGGUCCUUGCCCUUUUCGUUAGUUUUGGCGGUAAACAGUUCAAACCCGGGCGAACGGAGACCCUUUACCACGUCAUCGCAUGGAAAGAGCCAGCGAAUUUUCCACGCACGCACCUCGCCUGGGUAUUUGUUCUCCUAUGGCGACGGCGACCGACGACGCUUCAAUUCCCGGCCCAAAACUGCGUGCCAAGUCAUGGGAGGAGUAAACUAAUCAAGAUCACCUUUUGUUAA